AUGCAAAUUAUUUGGCGUGAAUCAUCUGACGACGCAACAUAUGAAGAGGCACGCGUCGGGCGCGUCUUCAAUCAUCGUCGUCCUGAACGAUUCCCACUCGCAGUUGUAAAGGCUACCUGCGAGGAUGAUAUUGUGGCUGCAGUCAAACUGGCUGCGGAGCGCAACUGUCGUGUCGCCGUUCGCUCUGGUGGACAUUCCUGGGCUGCUUGGAGUGUUCGUGACAAUUCGAUUUUAAUCGACCUUGGGAACUACAAAUUCUUGGACGUAGACCCAGCAAGAAAGAUGGCCAUAGCAUCGCCUAGUAUGACUGGGAGAGAAAUCAACUCGGUCUUGGUCGAUCAACAUGAGCUGAUGUUUCCUGGAGGUCACUGUCCGGAUGUUGGCAUUGGCGGGUUCCUCCUUCAGGGUGGAAUGGGUUGGAACUGUCGCAACUGGGGUUGGGCACCAGGACCUAUAUUGGGCAGCUCGUGGCGCUGGACCAGGCAUGCUCAGCUUGGAUUCCUGUCCAUGAUUUUCGCUAACUCGACCUUGUCUCCAACAGGGUUUCCGGGCAUAGUGACAAAGUUUCACCUCGAUGUGAUCCCGUACCCGAAGCGAGGAUUCCGAUCAUCGGGUUACAUCUAUCCCAUUUCCAUGUACCGCGAAGCAUUUCAAUGGGUUCUGGACAUAUCUCCUGGCUUCGACCAGGACACUGAAAUUGCGGCCAUCGCCCAUCAUCCGGAUAGUGACUCCGCGAUGGUCUUUUUCGUCCUUUUUGUUACGAUGAAGAAUGAACCGGACGAAGCAGAAGCAGCCCUCCGUUCCGCCCAAGAGACAAGACCAGUCGGCACUAUUGAAGAAUGGUUUUGUCAAGAGGACAGUCUUGAGAAGCAAUAUAUCAACCAAGGAGAGAAGAACCCGGAAAAGCACCGCUACUGUGCAGAUAAUGCGUAUAUCCAAAACGAUGCCGAUGUGCCUAGUGUACUUGAGGAGGCAUUUACUACUCUCCCCCACAAGAAAGCGUUUUCGCUAUGGUAUGCGAUGAACCCGUGUAGUCGGCGGAAGCUCCCAAAUAUGGCCCUCAGCAUGCAAUCCGACCAUUAUUUUGCUCUCUAUACUAUAUGGGAGGAAGAAAAAGAUGACACUCGCUGCCUGGAAUGGGUCCGCAAUGUGAUGAAGAAGGUAGAGAGACACUCGGUCGGAGCAUACCUAGGAGAUUCCGACUUCCAAGUCCGCAAGAGCAAAUACUGGUCUGAUGAAAAUGCUACGCGACUGAUGGAGAUUCGACGCAGUUUCGAUCCCCAGGGUAGAAUUUGUGGCUAUUUGGACCAAGGGGAUCUUUCCGGCACGAAUGGGCUGGACAAUGCUCACCAAUGGAAAAUGUGA